AUGAACACAGCCCUCAUAUUUACCCGGCCCGAGCUGACACGACGUCCCACCGACCUCUCCGCGAUAUCCAAACCCCAAAGGGGCCCGCAGCUCUACAACACAUAUGAAGAACCAAAUACCUGCCUAUCAGCCGAGCCGCAUGAGCAAGCCGUUGACGACGCGGUACAACAUUACUUCGGUUGCAUUGAGGUCUGCCAGCGGCCUAAUUUCUUUGAUCCCCAAACUAAUCAUGUUUGGAUCAAUGAGCGGGAGGUUGCGCGCAAGAAGCUGGUGUUGGCAAUGAGCGGUGCUCAACAAGAUCCUUCCGCAGACGACCUGGAAACAAAGCUUGAGAUGGAGAUGAAGGAGCGGAUGGUCAGCGUGGCGAUUGCAAUCGAGGGACGAUACAAACGAGCCGAGGUGCUGCGCAGAGCUAUCAUGAAAGCUCAAAUCUCCAGCGGGCAGCCAGCUCUUCUCUCCAACGUUGAGCAAAGUCGCUACAAGUGGUUGAGCUCUCGGACCUUCAAAGAUGGUAUUCAAGCCGUUCGGGUGUGGAGGAAAAGCAGUCAAGGGGGAAGAAAAACGACGGACCCAGUUCCUAAAGGGGAAUAUACCGUCCCCAACUCAUCCAGGACGGAGAUCGGUCGCUCUGAGGUUCAAAGCUUUAUCAAGAAACACCGCACCAAUGUGAACAGUGCCAGAGGCGCCGGUGAAUCGGAGUACAGCAUUGAACAUGAUGUCCACGCCUACCUUAUGCAGUUCGAUGUUCAAGAGGCCAAACCCACUGCUUUACCGGGCUCCGAUCAAUCGACUACCGCGAAGCAUUUCUUGAAACCUGCUGACGAUGAGCGCACCGGCAUUCAGGUAAAGGGCACCUUUCCGGACCAACGCAUUUCGAUGAGCCGGCUGUUGAAUGAUGGAAAAGACCUCGGCACCGAAUGCGACCCAAUGGGCCACUGGAAUGUCCUACGGAGGGACAUAAAUAGUGACCCUCCAGCCCCCAACCGAAUCCGAUAUCUUCAUAUUCCUUCCAACAAUAUGGCAUGGGUUGAGAAAGUUAUCGCGAACUACUACGCGGAAAGAAAACAGAAUGUUAGGAAAAAAGGCCAGAGCACGGCUAUUCAGACGUCUACCCAACUGCUCCUCAGACCCCAAUACUGGGAUGGUCAGCAACAAGGUACUCGAAGCGGCAUAGUUCAUGCCCGACAUAUGCGCCCUGUGUGCGAAGUUGUAUCGUCCGAGGCAGGCCAAAUUGAGCAGUCUUCAAAGAAUAUUGUCUUGUUUAUGCCUUACCUGCACUGGGAAACCAACCGUGUACGGAAAACUAUAUCAAGGAUCAUCGACGGUAAUUCGGACAGACAUCGACACAAUGACAGGUCCAAAAAGGAACAGCAAAAAGCACGCCGCGUCGAAAACCGAAGUGAACUUCCGAGACCCGGUGGUAAUAAGUCCGCAGAGAAACCUGGACGAUCAAAUUUCUUAACGCGCGCGCGUCGGCUUACUACCGUGGGAACUCUGACCUCCACGAUUGAACGCAUACUUUUGCCUCGAGAGGUUAACGCGAACGUUGGGAUUGACGCAACAGGAAGGCUACAAGUCAGGAGUGAGCUUGGCCAAUACCUCAUUGACGCUGCUCGACUUUAUGAGGCAAUGUUGAUGUUCAGGGAUCGAAAACUGGUUGAACGGUACCUGUUUCACGAUGCACCUUUCCACCCUCGCCGAACUCUGCGCCAAUGCAUCAACAGAGGAUUCAAGUCAACCGUUUCACGCGACAAGGACCAAACAGUCUGUCAAGAGACUAGCUGCGAUGCGGGGCCCUUUUAUAAGUUCGUGUCAUUACCUACCGACUUCAUGGGAUUAGGCCAAAGAAUCAUCACAGAGAUGGACAAGGCUAAGCAACUUCGGUUGCAACAUCUAUCAACUGCCAGGCCCAUGACAGAGCACUACGCCUAUGCAGAUCCUCACGGCUGUGAAGAGUGUAGGCAAAACAUAAUGCAGGUGCAACGGUUGAUAAUGGUUGAUCAGCUGUGGAUGUGGAUUCUGGAUGAGCAGACAAUCAUUAAGUCCUUCCCUCAGAGCUGGCAAAAAAUUUCUAAACAAACUAUCAAUGGCAUUCACGAGUCAGUCCGGGCACGGCUUAGGCCCCUAGGGACGACGCAGAUUGAUGAUCAGGUUCAAUCUAUCUACGAGAUAGGGCUCAUCAUCCUGACGGAGUGCUGCAGCGUACUGCUUGAUCGUACAAACCUCAACAGCCAGUUUCAAAUUCUCGACACCUUUACGGAGGUUAUUGGACGUGUUCGCAAGCAACACACGGUAAUGCUCAGCCAUCUCAGGCACUGGCUUUCCAGGGCCAGUCUGAUCUACCUCCCGAUAUCAUUCGCCAUAAUUAUCUCCACCAUCAUCAUCGCUUUCAGCAAGUCCUUGCGAGGAAUCGUCUGGUCCAUUUACAACUAUCUCUCUACAGCAGUGGUUGUGCACUUGGGGAUAUACGAGCUUUGGUUUGCGUUUCGCAAUCAAGGACGAUCUCCCCAUGAAAUGUUCAUACGCACAAUGGAGAUGAAAGUUGAUCAAAUGAAGCGCGACGUAGAAAGGGAAAGAAGGCGGGAGGAGCGCGGCAAGGAGUUUCAGAGAAGAACCGGCAAGAAGCUUGACGAACAACCUGAAAAAGAUGAUCGACAACGCUCUGAGGGAAAUUCCAGAAUCAGGCAUCCUUCAGGCCCGAUAGAUGAUGACCCAUUACCAAACACUUCUGAUCAGACUCCAUCGCCAUUCGCUCUUCAGGUUUCAUCACCUGGAGGAACAACAGAACGAGCUUUCACUCCUCGCCAUUCGAACCGGUUCAGCAUUGUACGAUCAAGAGGUGUUCCUGUUACCCUCGAAGAGCAUGAAUUGGACAGCUAUCCACCCGAUAGUUUUGCUCUGGAUAUGACUUCGGAUAGGAUGGGAAGUAGGAUUGUCGAUAGACGCAUGAACGACCGGGAGGAGCAUCUGCCGAAUGGCCAGGACGGAAGACCUGAGCCAUCUUAA